AUGGCCGUUGAGGCUCGCCAUCUUCACCUCUUUUCCCCUCAACUCAUAACCAACAGAGAAAUGAUGAACCCUGUUGAAACAAACGUGAAUAACAUCUACAACAACAUGGGUUAUUCCUCUGUUCCUCCGUCGUCUAUCAAAACCGCUGCGACGGAGGCUCUUAUUCUACCGCCGUACAACUCUAUAACCGCUGAUUCGUUACCUCAGAAAACUGCUAUGAACUCUGAUAGUGGUCUCACUUAUAACGUUCCCUUGAGAAAACGUUCUAGAGAUUCCAGAGACUAUUCAAAUUCAAUCAAUUUCGCUUUUCAGAAUUCUUAUCUUCCUCCUGCAACAGCGCCACAGAAUAACAAAAGUUGUGCCUCUUCGUCGUUCUCUUUUCUUGGUGAAGACAUUUCCCUUCAGAUCCAAAGGCAACAACUUGACAUCGAUCAACUCAUUGCACAACAAAUGGAGAAGGUGAAAUUUGAGAUUGAAGAGAAAAGGAAGAGACAAGCGAUGAGGUUGAUUCAAGCUAUUGACAUGAGUGUGUCAAAGAGAUUGAAGGCUAAAGAAGAAGAAAUUGAGAAAAUUGCUAGAACUAAUUGGGCUUUAGAAGAAAGAGUUAAGUCACUUUGCAUGGAGAAUCAAAUAUGGCGUGAUUUGGCUCAAAGCAAUGAAGCCACAGCCAAUGCUCUGCGUUCCAAUCUCGAACAGCUUCUUGCACAACGCGUGGGAGAGGAUAACGGAGAUACUAUUUCUCCGGUUGGUAGACACGCUGCUCUAAUCGACGACGCUGAGUCUUGUUGCGAUAGCAAUGAGAGUAUCAAUGAUGAAGAAAAUGUUGUGGAAUGGCGAAGUAUAGGUGAUAAUGAUAAUAGUAAUGGUAGAAACAUUGAAGCAAUGAAGAUGAUCAGAAACUGUGGUGGCGGUGGCGGUGGUGGUGAUAGUGGUGGAAGCAAUUUUGUGAAUAGCAUGAAACUAUGCAGCAACUGUGGGAAAGAUGAAUCUUGUGUGUUGAUUUUGCCUUGUAGACAUCUCUGUUUAUGUGCUGUUUGUGGGUCUAAUCUUCAUAUUUGUCCCAUUUGUAAAUCUUUCAAAACUGCUAGUAUCCAUGUUAACAUGUCAUGA